GCCACGCUCUUCACUCAUGCUAAAACUCUGCCCUCAUCUCCACGAUCCACUGUGAAUCGAUGCUUCUGGCUUCCCUUCAGGUCGCGCCUCGCACCUCUCACCGACUCUGCGACUCAUCAUUCCCUUCAACUCUCGACCUCUCACGGACUCACGGUGCCAUCACUACAGCCCUUGGCCCUUGCUGCCCUGCAACUCACUGCUCACCUCCAGCUGAGCUCCAAGGCUGCUGCUGGGUUGUCUUAGCCAGCCUCUCACCGUGGCAUUACUCUUUAGUGGGGAAAAAAGGGUUCUCAACUCUGAACUUUGGCAUGCAUGUACGGGACCUCUUGUUUCUCUACCUCCUGUUGGAAGUAGGGUUGUUUAUUUCCCACAGGGUCAUAGUGAACAGAUGGUAUGUGUAUCAACUUGCGCUUGCUACAUGAAGAAUGAAUUUUGAAUAUCUUU